AGGGUAGAGAGUGUGUGAACUGCGGUGCAACAUCUACUCCGUUGUGGAGACGGGAUGGAAAUGGUCACUAUCUCUGCAAUGCAUGUGGUCUUUAUUACAAAAUGAAUGGAACAAAUAGACCUUUAGUCAAACCAAAACGACGACUGUCCUCAGCAAAGCGGGAAGGAACCAGCUGUACAAACUGUAAUACAACAACAACAACACUCUGGAGAAGAAAUACAAACGGAGAACCCGUUUGCAAUGCAUGUGGUCUCUAUCACAAAUUGCAUAAUGUUCCCCGACCUACCGCUCUCAAGAAGGAGAAUAUACAGACCAGGAACAGGAAGCUGUCGACAAAGUCGAAGAAAAAACGACAAGGUCUCGGCGGAUUUUUCCCGGGCGGACUAGAUUCAAGAUAUGGCGGAUUUCCGCCCGGAGUGGGCAUGGGGGGAAUGUCUUCUCAUGUCGGAAUGCCCGGCUAUUACCCGGAGCUACAUUCAAUGACCUCCCAGUUUAUGACCCCGACCUCUAUGUUUGGAGGUGGUGGAGUGAGCGGUAUGAAUCCGCCUCUAAACCUGUCUCAUCACACAAUCCCAGGACCACAGGGACAGUUUGUGUAAACAGCAGAAUCAGAAGACUAAUUUCAAGUUAUAGUUAAACUCAGAACAUUUUGUGAUAAAACAGAUUCAUUUUCAUAAAACAGAGCUAAUGAAAAUAGUUUUUUUUUCUCACGAUUAGCACAAUUAUUCUCUAAAUAAUUUUGCAUUGCAGACAAAUAAUUCUUGCUAAUUUAAUUGUUAAUGCAAUACAUAUGUAAAAGACAGAUUAAUCUUAAAGCAGUGCAAUACAAUGUGAUGACAAAUUGCCUAAACUUCCAUCCUGUCUUUAAGAAACAUGACUUUCAAAUGUGAUUUCAACUUUUCAUAGUCUCUCUCUCAUAGUUAUCCAUGUAUAAUAUAAUUUUUAAUAUU